AUGGGACUAGUCGAAGAUCGUUAUUGGGAGAAAUUGGUUGUGGAGCUUUGGCGUCGUGGCUGCAAGACCAUUUCGGAUCCGUCUCGGACAUCUGUGACCUGUAGGGGUGAUUUACGAUCCGCCAAUACCGAUGGUCGACUCUCCAGAGUAUCUGCCACCGAAAAUGGAGUUUCUACCUCUGCGGUCCGCAAUCCCUCUCGUUUUUCUCCUCCAUGGACGUAUCUGACGGAAACAUCCAAUUCCAAAAAGGCAUGGGAUUCCUUGGUGAAUGCCGUCUUGGCGGUAGAUCCCAACGUCAAGAUUGAAACUUUGACGGAGGACUAUUUGCAUGCUACUGUACCGACCCAAUCACCACCCGGUUUGUCAGGAGAAGGUGGAUUGGAUGAUUUGGAAUUUUUGUUGAGACCAGACGACAAUGUAGUGUUGUAUCGAUCCGCCAGCCGCACAUCCAUCUUUGUCUAUCCACUCACGCAGCCCGUCAGUGAUCAAAAUUCCAACUUGAAGCGAUUGCAAAAGAUUCGAACCCUUUUGGGAUGGGAAGAGCUGGGAUAUCGCCAGGAAGGAUCUAAGCGAAUAUGAAGGAAUUUACUAUUAAUAGCUAGUACUGUACCCUUCAAGUAAAAACUGCUAUGAUCAAAA